AUGAGAAUCAGGAAAGGUCCAGCGAUAAUUCAAUUCUUAGCUUUUCUUACUCAAUUCAAUCUCGUUCAAUCACUUUCUACUUCUGGUUAUGCUCAAUUCAUUAAGAGACAAGAUUCAAAUUCUACUCCAACGACAAAUCAAGAUCAUCAAGCAAGCUCAUUGAAUCAAACUUCGACUAAGGCCACAACUCUGUUCGAUCAAGAAAGCCAAGAAGACAAUGGCGACGUAGCCGCUCGGAUCGCACCUUUGAUUGGUGAUCCUAAUCAAUCUUAUAAGCCUGAUACUUAUAUUGUAAUCCUUUCAAAGAAUGCGACUGCGGCUCGUUUUAUCAGUCAAUUGAAAAACUUAAUUGAUCAAGACAUGAUGCCUUCGCAAGAUCAAAGCAAGAUUGGUUAUGUCUACGCUGAGAACAUUCUUCAUGGUUUUAGUGCUCGUUUAGUUGGUAGAGCUUUUGAAUUUGUAGCCCGGAGUCCUGAGGUCGAAGCAAUGGUACCAGAUACCAAGAUGUCUACCUUGCCGAUCUUGGAUUCAAUUUCGGAGUACCUUGCGCCCACUGGAGUUUCAGCCGAAUCAGCUGAUGGAUCUGCAGCAGCAACUGAUUCAGGCGGUGGUUAUCUUAUCCAAAAGGGUACUGCACCUUGGAAUUUGCAACGUAUGAGUCAACGGCCCAAGAUCACUGCGAAUGGAAAGGAUCCGGGAAAGACGAUCUUCAAUUAUUCCUAUCAAGAGCCAGAUGGCAAGGGUACAAUUGUUUAUGUCUUGGACACAGGCGCUCGAGCUACGCAUGCCGAUUUUGAAGGUCGAGUGGAAUUUGCAGCCCAAUUUGGUGGAUUGUCUAAACCUUCUUUCCUAUCAUUUGUAGAUGCCAUGUGGGAUGGAAAUGGACACGGAACUCAUUGUGCAGGAGUCAUCACUGGUCGUCGGUGGGGAGUUGCAAAAGCAGCAAAAGUGCGAGCUGUGAAAGUGUUAUCAGAUGAAGGAGGAGGUGCUACCUCUGAUAUCAUUGCAGGUAUCCAAUUUGUUGUUGAGCAAUUUCGAAUCACUGGUUAUCCGCCUACUGUAGCUUCUUUAUCACUUGGUGGUGGUAGAAAUACCGCGCUUGAUCGAGUGGUUCAAAACGCUAUCGAUCUAGGUAUCCACUUUGUGGUUGCAGCCGGAAACAAUAACGGUGAUUCUUGUCUUUCUAGUCCAGCAGCAUGUCCAGAUGCAAAUGUGGUCGCAGCAAGUGAUAUUGAUGAUACUAGGGCGCCUUAUUCGAAUUGGGGAUCAUGCGUAGAUUUUUUCGCACCUGGGUCAAAUGUCACAUCGGCUUGGUACUCUUCAGAUAAAGCUACAGCCAGAAUUUCAGGAACCAGUAUGGCAGCACCACACGUUGCUGCUCUGAUGGCUUACCACUUAAGUCAACAUAAUAUGUCAACCAAAGCUAUGACAGAAUUGUUGAGAAGAAAUUCAAAUCAUGGUGUACUUUCACUGAGGGCCGAUGAUGUUUUGACUCAUGAUAUGGUUUCUGCUACUCCCAAUUUACUUAUUUACAAUAUGGUAGGAUAA